ACUUGCAAUUCCUCAAUUUCUUCUCCAUCUCUCUUAUCCUUUUCUUCUCGUACAGUUUCUUCGUUUGUUAAACAACGAACGAACGCACCGACACGAAUCGGCCGACACGACCCGAAACACCAGUGCCGAAUCGUCAACGAUAUUUCAGCUUUCAUUUGCCGAUAUUGUUGUUUACUUAUAGUAUUAUCUUGUCAAGGACUUCAAAUCUGUAAGUGUCGAAAUCCCUCAGCCAGUCGCCUGACAUGAAAUCCCGAGCUCGAAACGGCAGCGUUUUAUUUCUCGAACGAUAUAAUCGAUCCAUUUCCGUUGAUUAAAUCGUCGAUUGUUGAAACAUUAACGCUAUAUCCUAUUUGGAGCGAUUUUUAUUUUCGAUGAAAGCAAUUAGGGGUUAUUGAACUUUGGAAGGAUUUCUGUUUGUUGAUAUUUGAUUUUGAUAGGAUUUAGAGAUAUGGUCAGGGCUUUAAAUCGGGAAAAUUGAAAGAUUGAAAAUUUGUUGGAUUCUAGGGUUUGAUUUGGAUAUAUUAUAAUAGGUGUGGGUUUAGGAGGAUAAUGUGUAUAUUGUGUGUGAUUCAGAAGUGGUCUCGCCGGGUUGCUACAAUGCUACCUUGGUUAGUCAUUCCACUUAUUGGGCUAUGGGCUUUGUCCCAGAUUUUGCCACCGGCUUUUAGAUUUGAAAUCACGUCACCGAGGCUGGCGUGUGUUUUUGUGCUGUUGAUUACUCUAUUUUGGUAUGAGGUUUUGAUGCCUCAAUUAUCAGCUUGGCGUGUGCGUAGAAAUGCUCUUCUGAGGGAAAGAAAGAGGUUUGAGGCUAUUGAAUUACAUAAGUUGAGGAAAACUGCUACACGACGAUGUAGAAACUGCUUGACUGCAUACAGGGAUCAGAACCCAGGUGGUGGUAGAUUUAUGUGUUCAUAUUGUGGCCAUAUAUCAAAGAGACCAGUCUUGGAUUUGCCUGUGCCACCAGGGGGUUUGGGGAUAUCAAAUUCAGGGAUUUUGAAGGAGCUUGUUGGAAAGGGUGGGAAGAUUUUGAAUGGGAAGGGAUGGUCUGAGAAUGGAUGGAUAUGUGGUCAGGAUUGGUUAGAAAAUGGGAAUUGGGUUAGUGGGUCAAUUGCCGGGAAGUCUAACUAUUGGCGGAAGAAUGGGAGUGGAAUUUUCGGGGAAGAUGAGAACUGUCUGGCAGAGAAGUCUUACUCUGGAGCUGUUACUUCUGCCUGCAAGUUGUUGACAUCUUUUUUUUUGAGCAUUAGGUGGCUUUUGAAAAAGAUUUUUAGAAUUAGUUCAUCACGGGAAGAUUCUUCAUCAGAUGCAGAUCAUAGGGGUACAAUGGCUAGUAGGGGUGAAAAUGGGUCAAAUUUCCAUGAAAGCAGAGGAGAGAAAGCACGCAGAAAAGCUGAGGAGAAGAGGCAGGCUAGGUUAGAGAAGGAGCUCUUGGAAGAGGAAGAACGAAAACAGAGGGAGGAGGUUGCCAGGUUGGUGGAGGAACGAAGGAGACUCAGGGAUGAGAAGAUGGAAGCUGAAAAAGAACGUGACAAAACUUCACUCUCUGUCAAGGAGAAGGAUAGCAAGAGAGAAGCAGAAAGAAAGCGUCAGGAAAGAAGAAAAGAGAGAGACAAAGGGUCUAGUAAGAGUAACUCUGAUGCAGAAGAACUGGAAAAGAGAGCAGGAAAGGAAAAUGAGCAGAAGCGUGAUUCUGAUAGGAAGAGUGAGAAUGAUCGUCGUGAAAAUCAGAAAUUUGGCACAGAUAUUGUCAAGAGCCAUGGCAUGGAAACAGUACAUAAUGGAAAAGCUUCUACAAGUAAUUAUACCCGAGGAAAUUCUGGGAGUAGGUAUCUAGAUCGAAUGAAGGGUACAUUCUUGUCUUCAUCAAAGGCUUUUAGUGGAGGUAGUUUCUUUGGAAAGGGUGCUAAUAAUCCUGUUACCGUUGCAAAAGAAAACAAGUCUGUUAGUUCAGUAGAUCAUUUUCACACUUCUGCCCACAGGAGAGAUUUUUAUCCAUCUGAUCGUGCUGGGAAGGUAGUACAUGGAGAUGAUAAAAGCAUCAACCGCCCUGUGCUUGAUGAACCUCAACUGAGGACUACAACAAAAAAAUCAUGGCAACAGUUAUUCACACGUUCAUCAACAGUUCCUGCUUCCUCAAAUACUAAUGUCAUUAGUAGACCAAAUCCGAAAUUGCCAACUGAAGUUCAAAGUCCUUCAUUACCUGCUCAAUCAUCAACCAUGCAAAUGUUUGAUAAUCCAAUCAAUUUUGGGCUGCCGUCACCAUUUAUACUCUCUACCUAUCCUAAUGUAUCCACUAGUAGUAGUUUAGGGUUUUCUCCUGUAAUUGAACCGAUCUUACCUUGUGUUGGAGAUGGACCUCAUGAAUUUGUACCUGAAGAGACAGAGCUUUUUGAAGAUCCAUGUUAUGUGCCUGAUCCGAUAUCUUUGCUUGGGCCUGUUUCUGAGUCACUUGAUAAUUUUCAACUGGACCUGGGGACUGGUUUUUCAAAGGACAUCAGAUCUGAAAGGGCUUAUGCUUUGAACAAUACAUCUUCUAUUGCUGAAGUCAUUAAGCCAUCUCCAAUUGAGUCUCCAUUGUCACGAUUGCGAGUUGCUGAUGAAAAGCAUAACAAUUCUAAUUGGUUUCCAAUUACCUCUAAGGUUCAAGAUAUGCACACAUUUCCAGUGGAUGAUGUGAAUGCAAAUGAGAAGGGAACAUGGCAGAUGUGGAACAGCUCUCCUCUUGGGCAGGACAGUCUAGGUCUAGUAGGUGGCUCCCCAAGCUGGAUAUUGCCCCCAGAACAGAAUAGAUCAAACAAGGAAGACCUUGUGCAUCCUUCUUCUCAAGAGACAAUGGUAUCUCUGUUCACAAAAGAGGACCCAGUUUUUUCUGGUCCUCAUUCUCCUCAGAAGGUUUUUCUUGGUAGUGGCCAGAAUGGUGGAGCAUUUAGCCCUCUAACCGGUUCAAGUGAUCAUGAUCCGUGGUUACAGAGUGCUAUCUUUCCACCAUUGUCUGUCAAUGAUCAGUUUUCUCUGAGAGCACAGGAAGAUAGUACUCAAAUUGAAAUGAUAUAUGGGAGUCCCAGUGGAUCUGCAACUAACCAUUCAUUUGACCUGUCUCCAGCAAAUUGUUGGUCCAAAAUGGAUUGGACUGUGCAGGCUGCAGGAGAAGCGAUUGGAAAGUCAUCUGUUUCGAGGCCCCAUAUUGGGGGUUUAUUUCCCAACACAGAUGCAGAGUCACUUUGGUCAGUUGAAUGAAAAAAGGAGUUUGAGGUUCUUCUUAAAUACACCUUCUGUUCACUAGAGGCAAACAACCUCUUUUGGUGGGGGUUUAGAAAGAAUACUGAACAAAUUGUAUCUUCCUUGUUCUAUUUUAUGAGGGAGAUUGACAUUUACUUACAUUAGCUUCGAUAGGUAUACACGUGGCAUGCAUUGACUUGUGCAUCAGGUAGCAGCAUCGGCAGCAGCUAGUUGUGUUAAGCUUCUUUAAUUCAUUUCUUAACUUCUCUCUGCUGGGGGGAGGGGGGGUGUCCUCGAUCUGAGGACAAUUUGUUCUGUGGAGAAAUAGAGCUAAUUCCUCUUGCUGCUUAUUUUUCUUUUCAAAAUCAUCAAUCAGUUGAAUGAAUGUCCAAUUAGAUGAUGCAAAUUCAACGUGCUUCUAUUUACAAA